GGGACUGCGGGGAAGGAGGGGAUAGCGCCCGCCAGCCCUUUCCGUCUGCGGCCCCGCCCCCUUGGAACGUUGUGACGUCGAAGCAUUCCACGGUUGCUACAUCGUCGCGAGGGGCGGGGCGCCUGUCAGGGAAGCGGUGCGCGCGGGUGGCGGGCAGGCUGGGGCUUCUCCGUACAGUGCCAGCGCCAGCGCCAGACCCGCCCGCACCCCGCGCUCUCCCUCGUGCGCGUCACCUCUCCCAGGACUUGCCAGCCCGCACUCCUGCUCUCACCCGUGAACCGUCGCAGGAUGGAGCUGCUGUGUUGCGAGGGCACCCGGCACGCGCCCCGGGCCGGGCCCGACCCGCGGCUGCUGGGGGACCAGCGUGUCCUGCAGAGCUUGCUCCGCCUGGAGGAGCGCUACGUGCCGCGAGCCUCCUACUUCCAGUGCGUGCAAAAGGAGAUCAAGCCGCACAUGCGGAAGAUGCUGGCGUACUGGAUGCUGGAGGUGUGUGAGGAGCAGCGCUGUGAGGAGGAUGUCUUCCCUCUGGCCAUGAACUACCUGGAUCGCUACCUGUCCUGCGUCCCCACCCGAAAGGCGCAAUUGCAGCUCCUCGGUACCGUCUGCCUGUUGCUGGCCUCCAAGCUGCGCGAAACCACGCCCCUGACUAUUGAGAAGCUUUGCAUCUAUACGGACCAAGCUGUGGCUCCCUGGCAGUUGCGGGAAUGGGAGGUGCUCGUCCUGGGGAAGCUCAAGUGGGACCUUGCUGCUGUGAUCGCACACGACUUCCUGGCUCUGAUUCUGCACCGCCUUUCUCUGCCCAGCGACCGACAGGCCUUGGUCAAAAAGCACGCCCAGACCUUUCUGGCCCUCUGUGCUACAGAUUACACCUUUGCAAUGUAUCCUCCAUCCAUGAUCGCCACGGGGAGCAUUGGGGCUGCAGUGCUAGGCCUAGGUGCCUGCUCUAUGUCUGCAGAUGAGCUCACAGAGUUGCUCGCAGGAAUCACAGGCACCGAAGUGGACUGCCUACGGGCCUGUCAGGAGCAGAUCGAAGCUGCACUCCGGGAGAGCCUCAGGGAAGCUGCCCAGACAGCGCCCAGCCCAGUGCCCAAAGCUCCCCGGGGCUCUAGCAGCCAGGGAUCCAGUCAGACCAGCACUCCGACAGAUGUCACUGCCAUCCACCUGUAGCUUGGAACAGCCCCUUCAGGUGGCCACCAAGCAGAGGAGGGGCCACUGCCACGCCCUCCCUUCCUCUAGAACAAUCCAUGCCAUAUCUGAAGAGGGGGACCCUCCUUCCUCUCACAAAGCCCAAGGGGCCAGGUCCUGCCUAUCCCCACAGUGUGCACUAAGGUGCUGGCUGGCCAUGAGGGCUCUGCAUGGCCAGUCAGCUCCUCCCCCCCCCCCCACCUGACCACCUUGGCUCUUCUGGGCCAUUGCUGGUUAGAGAAAUUCAAACAGGUAAAACUCAUGCACCAGCAUUCCCUUUAGAGUCUCUCCUCUCUGGGGGUCUAAUCUUAAUUGCCAAAACACCCCAAUUCCUUCCAAAGGUGUUGUCCCUCCCAGAUCAGUGCAUUUGGGUUUGGGUCCUUCAGGCAUCCUGACAGACAUGCACGAAGAACCAGACAGAUGGCUGCAGAGUAAUCCAUGCUCCCAGCCGCUCUAAGAGGGAACAGCCUAGGCCUUGGUCAGAGGGGCAAGAACUACAAAAUUCUUGCUUUGCUUCCUGCUUAGCUUCUGUGAUUGAGGGGUCUUGAGGGGUGCUGAUGGUCAUUUUAAUUUAUUGCUUUGAGUACAACUGUAAGAGGGUACAGUGAGGCCUGUACCCAAGUGGUGGUAACCCUGGCGGUUGCUGUUUCCCUCCCCUCUGCUACUGCUUUGUGGUCCAGGAGCUGCUACAGCCUGGGAUGGGGCCGUGCCUUCCUCUCCUGAGGCUCUCUCCGUACCUCAUCUUCCAUCUGAGGGUUUAAGCAGGGAUGGAUGCUCUGGGGUUGACGAGGCCUAUCUGGGGAGGGCAAACCCUAUUGACACAGGUCUUUCCUUAGGCCACAAGGUUUGGGCUGGUGGCCCAUUUCUAUCAUGCUGCCUUAAUAAAGAUUCCGGAAUAAACCUGGCUUUUGCAGUCACUGGGAUUGUGUGUGGAGGUGGGAGGCAUGAGCCAGGCAUCUCAGGCACGGACUGCUAAGGCAAUGUGGUCCUCUUUAUCUAAAUUACAGUCUAAGGAGUGGCCACCAUACCCCAGAGGGCUUAUGUGAAAACAGGGCUGGACAGUUUUAUGUGAAAAUUUUGUUGUGCUCCCACACAAUGGGAUUCUUGUAAUCUUUAGAGGAAGUUCUAGGGUAGCCUGUGCUACAUGGUAAAAUUCUGUUCUAAAACACACCUGGGGACUGGAACAGUGGCUCAGCAGCUGAGCGCAUUGACUAAUCCAGAGACUCU